AUGGCUAGCCACCUGUUGGAACCCAUCGCUCGCCCACCUACACCGCCACCAUCACUUAACCAUGGCCCCAGUGUUCCUAACAAACUCACUGCUAUUUCCUUUCAGAAACUAAAACAAACCCAUGAACCUGUUAAAAUUUCUCAGUCAGAAAACCAGUCCAAUCUCACUCUUCUAGACAACAAGCCAUUAAACACAAGCACAUAUGCUUCAGUUCUUGAUUCUUGUAAAUGCUCAAAAUUGGGGAAACAGGUUCAUGCUCACACAAUUAAAACUGGGUUUUAUGGUGAUGGAUUUAUAGACAAUAAGUUGCUUCAAAUGUAUGCAAGGUGUGGUUUGUUGAAAGAUGCAAACUGUUUGUUCGAAACAAUGCCAAUGAGAAACUUGUAUUCUUGGAAAGCAAUUCUUAGGGUGUAUUUGGAUCAUGGGCUGUUUGAGGAAGCUUUUUUACUCUUUCAAGAAUUGCAAUUUGAUGGUGGAGAAUUGGAUUUCUUUGUAUUUCCUUUAGUGUUUAAGGUUUGUAGUGGCCUUGGUAGUGUAGAACUAGGGAGGCAGUUACAUGGGUUGGUGAUAAAGUUUCAGUUUUGUUUGAAUAUUUAUGUGAGUAAUGCUUUGAUAGAUAUGUAUGGUAAAUGUGGAAGCUUGGAUGAUGCUAAAAAGGUUUUAGUUAAGAUGCCUGAAAAGGAUAGUGUAACAUGGAAUUCUGUUAUUACAGCUUGUGCUGCUAAUGGGAUGGUUUAUGAGGCAUUGGAAUUUUUGGAGAAAAUGAAGUCCUUAGAUUAUUAUUCUAUGCCAAAUCUUGUUUCUUGGAGUGCAGUAAUAGGAGGGUUUGCGCAAAAUGGUUAUGAUGAGGAAGCCAUUGAGAUGCUAUUUAGAAUGCAAGUAGAAGGGCUUGAACCGAAUGCACGAACCUUAGCGAGCGUUCUUCCAGCAUGUGCCAGAUUACAAAGGCUUGACCUUGGAAUGCAACUCCAUGGUUAUAUCACGAGACAUGGUUUUCUGUGUAACCCCGUUGUGAUGAACGCAUUAGUUGAUGUGUAUAGGAGGUGCGGUGAUAUGGGAAGUGCAGUUAAGAUCUUUUUGAAAUUCUCAGUGAAAAAUGCAUUAUCUUGUAAUACAAUGAUUGUUGGGUAUUGUGAAAGUGGUGAUGUUUCCAAGGCCAAGGAGCUCUUUGAUCGCAUGGAUGUUGCAGGGAUAGAAAGGGAUAUAAUUUCAUGGAACUCGAUGAUUUCAGGGUACGUUGAUAACUUCAUGUUUGAUGAAGCUUUGAAUAUGUAUCGGAAUUUGCUAAUGGAAGAAGGGAUUGAGCCAGAUUCUUUUACUUUAGGGAGCGUUUUGACUGCUUGUGCUGAUAUGAUUUCUUUGAGGGAAGGUAAGGAGAUACAUUCUCAAGCCAUUGUCAAGGGCUUGCAAUCUGAUACUUUUGUCGGUGGGGCUCUAGUAGAAAUGUACUCUAAAUGCCAGGACCAAGUGGCUGCUCAGAUGGCUUUCGAUGAGGUGAUCGAGAAGGAUGUGCCGACCUGGAAUGCUCUGAUCUCAGGCUAUGCUCGUAGUAAUCAGAUAGAAAGAAUUCAAAAUCUUCUUGAGAAGAUGAAAGGAGAUGGUUAUCAUCCAAACAUUUAUACAUGGAACAGCAUUCUUGCAGGUCUUGUGGAAAAUGGUCAGUUAGAUUUAGCGAUGCAGUUGCUAUCUGAAAUGCAGACCUCAAAGUUGAGGCCUGAUAUUUACACAGUUGGAAUAAUUCUCCCUGCUUGCUCGAGGUUAGCCUCUCUUGAGCGAGGAAAACAAGCUCAUGCACACUCGAUUAGAUGUGUUUAUGACUCAGACGUCCAUAUAGGAGCAGCCCUUGUGGACAUGUACGCAAAAUGUGGAAGUUUAAAGCAUGCACAGUUAGCCUAUAAUAGGAUAUCAAACCCUAAUUUGGUGUCCCACAAUGCCAUGCUUACUGCAUAUGCGAUGCAUGGACACGGGGAAGAGGGGAUUGCUCUCUUCCAAAGAAUGCUGGCCAUAGGUUUUAAACCAGACCAUGUGACUUUCCUGUCUGUUCUCUCUUCAUGUGUUCAUGCUGGAUCAGUCAAGACAGGCCGUGAGUUUUUUGAUUUGAUGGGGUAUUAUAGCGUUAAACCCACAUUAAAACACUAUACAUCUUUGGUUGAUCUUCUAAGUCGUUCAGGACAGCUUCAUGAAGCUUAUGAGCUUAUUAAGAAAAUGCCUGUGGAAUUUGAUUCAGUUCUGUGGGGUGCUUUGCUUGGAGGCUGUGUUACUCAUGGUAACAUUGAGUUGGGAGAAAUUGCAGCAGAGAGGUUGAUAGAAUUGGAGCCAAACAAUAGUGGAAAUUAUGUACUAGUGGCUAAUUUAUAUGCUCAUGCAAGGAGAUGGUCUGACCUAGCAAGAAUAAGAGGCACGAUGAAGGAUAGGGGAAUCCACAAGAGCCCUGGAUGCAGUUGGAUCGAGGACAGGAAUGAAAUUCAUUCCUUUCUUGCCCAUGACAGAUCUCAUCAGAGAGCAGAAGAGAUUUAUGCUACUUUAGAUAACAUAGCCCUUCACAUGAAAACAGGGAUGGUAUUUGGGUAA